CGACGCAAGGGGCGGAGCUCUGACCUCCGCCGAGUUGGUGAAGGCAGGUGCGGCAGGAGAAUGCACAGUAAGAAGGGAGGAUCCAAAGCUGCAGCUGGGAAGUGGCAGACGCUCCACCCUGGGCCCAAGCCGAGCGCCACUGCUGGGAAGCCCGGGGAGAACCACCCGCUGGAGAGGAAAGGGGACCGGCAGGCAAGGGAGCCGGCGCCGGCUGAGACCCCACAGGCCCAUCCAGGGGCUGCCGAGGACCGAGCGGAGGACCGAGCGGCCAGAGCGAUCCAGGGCGCCUUCCGGCAGCUCCAGGCCAGGAGGGAGCUCGCCCGCCGCCGGGAGGAGCGCCGGGAGUACCUGGAGCAGAUGGAGAAGCUGCAGAGGGAGGCCUACCUGGCCCUGGUGCGCCGGGAGCAGGAGGCCGCGCGGCGGCAGCGCGAGCAGGAGGAGGCGGCGCAGCGGGAGCGGCGGGAGGAGCUGCAGCGUCGCCGCCGCCUGCUGGACGCCGCCUUCGACGGGGACGUGGGCGAGAUCCGAGCGGUGCUGAAGGAGGUGGAGCAGCUGCUGACCCGCGAGGGCGUGGGCCAUGACGAGGCAGGGAAGGCGCGGCGGCUGCAGCGACGCGUGGCUCUGGUGGAGUGCGAGGACAGCCACGGGAACACGCCGCUGUCCGAGGCGGCCGCGGGCGGGCAGCCCCUGGCCAUCCAGCUGCUGGCCGAGCUCGGCGCCAGCCCCAACAGCAAGGGCGCUUUCGGUCGGACGCCACUGUACCGCGCAGCCUUUGGGGGCCAUCUGGCAGCUGUGGAGGUGCUUCUGAAGCUCGGAGCAGACCCCCGGGUGUACGCAGAGGACGGGAACACCCCUGAGCAGGUGUGGGCCCAGGAGGUGGCCUCGCUGGACACAGUGGCGAGCGUGCUGCGCUCGUGGGACCUGAGCCUCACGGAGGCCAUGCUCCAGAACAUGGAGGCAGAGCAGCAGCGCCGGGCCCAGGAGACCCAGAGGCACAAGGAGGCCGAGGCCAAGCGGUGUGGCAGGCAGGAGGGUUGUGGAAGCAUGACCCUCAGGAUCCAACAGCUGGCCAGGGAGCAGCAGCAGUGUCACAAGGAGUUGCAACAGGCGUACUGUGAGCUGAGCCGGAGGAUCGCAGAGCACGACCAGUGUGAGUGGAGGUGCAUGGACAAGACCAAGCUCACGCUGCAGGCCAUCAAGGAUGCAGAGGCCCAGGUGGACAGGCUGCGGCAGGAGGCCCAGAAGGCCGAGGAGGCGCUGGCUAUGGCCAGGCUGGAGCUGCGGGAGCAGACGCAGGAGGGGGAGGAAGAGGCGCCCGGGCUGAAGUGCCAGAUCACCGAGCUGCACGACGUGCUGAUGAAAGAUGUGGGCGGCCGCGUCCGCGCCGACGGCCGGUCAGUGUUCCGGGCCGGAUGUGGGGUUUGGACAGACAGCAGUGACUUGAUGGGUGUCCCCAGGUGGCCUCUUGUCAUUGAUCCUUCGGGCCAGGCGGCCACCUUCCUGCGCUACCAGGACACCAACUACGUGGACACAGUGAACCCGGAGCACCUGAAGCCCGAGAGGCUGCGGCUGGCUCUGCUGGGGGCUCUGCGGUAUGGGAAGCCGCUGGUGUUCGACCUGCGUGAGGUAGACCUGUUCCCGGCCGUGCAGCGGCAGCUGGAGGCGGUGCAGCCUGGCCUGGCGCGGGCACUGCUGAGCCGCGGCCUGCUGGAGCAGGAGAGGUACCUGUCGCUGCUGCGGCCCACGGAUGGGCCAGAGUAUAGCCCCACGCAGUUCCAGGAGCAGCGCCUGGAGCACUUCCGCCUCUUUUUCGUCACCAAGGUCCAGUGGCCGCCAGCCGAGCAGCAGCAGGUGCUGCUCCCGGUGCGUGUGCAGCUGCCAGGCACAGGCCUCUAGUGCUAGCCCCAAUAAAGCAUGUGCCCCGGGGCGCGGUGUGGCAUCUGUGCUGUGUGCAUGAGGGGCAGCGGCGGCGUGUGAGAGUUCAGGGCCCUGGCAGUCCCGAGCCCCGGCUGGCAGACACAGGUUUGCAGGCACUUGGGGGAGGCCCUGCUGGGGAUGGGCAGCUGGCCCUGCCCAACCUGU